GCGCAACCCGCCCCUCCCCCCUUUCUGACGAUUCUGCCUGAUGACAAGGGAAGCCAGGACAGGCACUGUGCGGCAGGAAUGGUUCUUAGCAUGCUCCUUUGCAUGACAACGCAGCAACUCACAAUAAAAGAAAGAAAAACCGCAUGCCCACGCAUCGUGUCGCUGCAUCAUAGGAAAGGAGGAUCUGCACAAGGCACAAGGCACAUGGCUGUAAUCGCGGCGCCUCGAAAGGGCAGCUAAGCCUGAACGUCAUGGAAGGCGAGCAGACGUCACUUCCCUGCCCCAUCGACAUGUAUUCGCGUGAGCCUCUGUCCGCUGUCUGGUUCCAGUUGAGCGCUUUGGAUUCUCGCAAAUCAAAUGCGCCGAACGGCACAAAGAAAGAACCGAGGAAAGUUUAUGCCCUGGAGGCACCUGUCUCAUCGCAAAGGGUGCUUGCGGGAAGCGCCACCCUGGUAGACGGCAGCCACUGGAAGCAGCCCCGGUGGAAGCACCGGGCCUUCUUUUCACUGCUCAGCGAGCCACCGGCGCUGCGACUCAACCGCCUGGAGCGGGCCGACACCGGAAAUUACGUGUGCAAUGUCACGUACCGCGACGACAACGCCAGCAUUGUUACCGUUACUGAGGCCCGCUUCGCACUGUUCGUCGCCGUUCCCCAAGAACCGCCAGUCCUGGCGGACUCAAGAGGCGUCAUUUCAAACUCAACGGCGGGACCAUACGCGGAGGGCGACAUUGUACGCCUGACGUGUGCUGUGCCAGCUACCGAUCACAAGGUGACCCUGGCUUGGCAACGCGACGGUGUACCACUGGACUCGCCACUCGGUACCGUGUCAACACCUGGAGGACGAAGGAUGACUGUGCUGACUCUGGGCCCCCUGCGCCGAGAGCACUUGUUGGCGAACAUCAGCUGCCUGGCAACGAGCGACGUCUCAAUGCCCGCCGAGAGUUGGGUGCUCUUGGACAUGUAUCUGUCUCCUACAAAGGUUGCUUUGUGGAGCUGGCCUUACGACGAGAGAAUGGCCUCCGGUUGGUUCAUGGUAGCUCCGGCUAUGGCUACGACUACCUCUUCAAGCAGACCUUCGUCACCGUUAUCGACUAGGCCCAUUGACGCAGCCGAUUCCAACGGCCUGGAAGCAUCUGUUCCAUUAUCUACGAGGAAUUCGCAAGAGAAUUUGAUACCCGAUUUCUACGCACCUCGUACCUUCGAGUGCGUGGUGACCGGGAGCCGUCCACAUGCCAGCGUCACGUGGCUCCUGGAUGGUAGCCCAUUGGGCGAGCACCUCAGCACCACUCGCAUUGACGGCAACGUAACGACAAGCGUGCUUCUCUUGCCGCCUCUAAAGCACGCAGGGAAGCUGCUCGAGUGUCGUGCUACCAACGAUCGUCUGCAGCGUGGCCGUACCAUCUUCAGUCGCUACUUGGCCGUUAAUCUAUCCGAUAAACCGGAAGUCAACCUCAAGCUAGGAGCCGGGCUCAACGCCAGCCAUAUUACUGAGGGCACCGACGUCUACAUGGAGUGUUCUGUCCUGGCAGUGUCUAAAGUCGGCGAGGUCACCUGGCGUCACCAAGGGCGUGACUUAGAAUCUGCUCCUGCUGCAGGCAUGCUGAUAACGUCGAGGUAUCUCGUCAUCCGGCGCGUGACUCCGAGUCAUGCUGGAAGCUACACGUGCAGAAUCUCCAAACCAGGGGAGGACUACGUCGAAAGCGCACCGUUUCAUCUACGUCUUCAAUACUCACCGAGAUGUGAUCCAGAUGCAGAGCAGACGAUACAAGUGGAAAGAAACUCGACCCUCAACCUUACCUGCAACGUUCGAGCAAACCCUCGUGAUGGCCUGCGCUAUUUUUGGCUCAUAGAAAAUGCCAGCGAAGUUACGAAGCACGUGAAGCAAGAUCUACAGACAGCAGACAAAAAACACGUACCGAUUCCGCAAGCGACGAAAUCAAAUCGCCUGGAAAUCAUCGCCAACGCUUCCAUAUUCAACGCCGCCCUCGCAUGCUGGUCCGAGAACUCCGUGGGGAUACAGAGAAGACGAUGCCGCUUCAAGUUCGUGCCUCCAGGCGAAGCUUCGUCGUCCGGACUCAUGUGCGUCGUGGGUAAUUACACGGACACGUCAUUUUCACUGGUCUGCUCUGCGCCUAUUGGAGAGAACGAAACGACGUCAAGGCAGUACCGGCGACUUUUGGUGGAGGUGUUUGACUCCGAGAAGAGGAACCACUCCGAACGAAGCUUCUGGAGCGCCGAUUGGAGCGCUCCAAUGUUCGUCACCGGACUGCGCCCUUCUACGGAUUACUUGGUUGUGGUUCGAAUGACUCCCGAGUCCAGCUUCCGGACUUACGUCCGUACUCUUAGUCUGGCCCAGACGCUGAAGGAAAGAGAAGACACGAAGAGGACUGCGCAGCAUGACCAAUGGAGUCCAGCACUGCAAAUCGUGCUGAUCACCUGCGCACUGGCUUCAGUGUCGGUGGCAUUCCUCGGGAUCUGUAUUGUGCACGCCUACAAGAAACGGUGGAAGUCGCGACGAGCGGCACGCCAAGGCAGUGCUCCAUUGCCAGGGAACGUGGAUUCAAAUUACAUUCGUGACCAGACGUCGUACACCACCACAGCCGAACAUUGCUGACAAUAAUGGUAGGGAACUUGGUAAAAAAAAUUUCAAUUCUGGAAUUUUAG